UGCAUCACCCAGCACUUACCUACCUGGAUCUCUCUCCUCCCUCGCACAUACGUCCCUCACGCGACCUCUCCUCCCUCCCCCCCCCAUUCCCGCCCGGUCGCAAUUCUAGCCUCAUUCACGCUGUCGGCAUCGCAUACGUCGUUAUCGGUAGACUCGGCUGCCAUGGCUGUGCGCGCACAAUUUGAGAACUCCAACGAGGUCGGCGUGUUCGCGACGCUCACAAACUCCUACGCCCUGACCGCCGUGGGCGCGAGCGAAAAUUUCUAUAGCGUCUUCGAGGCGGAAUUGCAAGAUGUCAUACCCAUCUGCCGCACUACUAUCGCCGGCACACGCAUCAUCGGCCGGUUAACAGCAGGGAAUCGUAAGGGGCUCCUCGUGCCGACGUCAACGACAGACCAGGAGCUGCAGCACCUGCGGAACUCGUUACCGGACGAGAUCAAGAUCCAGCGGAUCGAGGAGCGGCUGUCGGCGCUGGGCAACGUCAUCGUAACGAACGACCACAUCGCGCUCGUGCACCCGGACCUCGAGCGGGAGACGGAGGAGAUCAUAUCGGACGUGCUCGGCGUCGAGGUCUUCCGGCAAACGAUCGCCGACAACGUGCUCGUCGGCAGCUACAUGAGCCUCAGCAACCAGGGCGGGCUCGUGCACCCCAAGACGAGCGUCCAGGACCAGGACGAGCUCAGCAGCCUGCUGCAGGUCCCCCUCGUCGCCGGCAGCGUGAACCGCGGCAGCAACGUCGUCGGCGCCGGCAUGGUCGUCAACGACUGGCUCGCCGUCACGGGCCUCGACACCACCGCCACCGAACUCAGCGUUAUCGAGAGCGUCUUCCGGCUCGGCGAGGGCGCCGCGCCCGGCAACAUCGCGGGCAACCUCAAGGACACCAUGGUGGAAAGCUUCUACUAAAACGGGCGACGAUCCUCCGCCGUGUUGUCCAGGCUAUUUCUUGCGGGUGACUUUGGUUUGACUUCGGCCCGCCCGUCCGACCCGUCGGCCCCCAGCACCUGGGUCAAGCGAAGAGAUCCUGGCAUCCUCACCUACUUCGACAAGCCUGAAUAGGUGAGGUCCGCCCCCGUGGGGUGGAGGAGAGGAGCUACCGGCUCAGGCCCACUCCGGGGUGGAAGAAUCGA